AUGGCUGACCACCAAAAAGCUCUCCUGGAAAGGUCGGAAGAGUCGCAUAUUAAACUCAACUCGAUGCAAACGAGAAUUAAUCCAAAGUUUCAAGGACUUCGUUUUCCUAAAUUUGGGAGCAGGUUUUACAAGAAUUUGUUGCUCCAUGUUUGGGCAAAUGAUGUUAACGUUCAAACGGCGCUUCGCGUUCACAAAGAGUUACUGAGAUGCAAUAGCAGCAGCUUGCCAUGCAGAAAAUAUUUCCAAAAUGUGGUUAGUUAUCAUCUAUCGCUCAACAAUCGAGGGUAUCGAACUCUAAUAUACAGAUACUCAACUAAAUAUUCAAACAACUUUAUGUUUGCAACUGUUAAAGGAGAAGGACACACAGCUCUAGAAUAUAAGCCUAAGGAGUGCUUUGUCAUGUUCAAAAGGUGGAUCUCCCAAAAAGCACUUUGAAUGUUGGGAAUGUUCUUAAAAUAUGUUCUCCCCAGGAAGUACUUUUUCUUCUGUUUUUGCCAAUAGGACCAUGUUUUUUCCUAGAUGUUUCAUGAUAUUGAUGUUGGAUUUGAUAUCUUGGACACAAGAUAUUUGGAUUUUUGUUUCCUAGUUGGUUUGGGAUUUGGUUUUAGUAUAGGAUUUGGUUUCCUAUAUACUAAGGACUUUGU